GGAAGAGAGCAGUAAUGCUCCUAAAAAUGUCCAACAUGUCAAAAAUUGCAAGAGAAGAAAUAACAAACUCGUAUUAUUUUGCAGCGCGUUGCUAACAAAAAGGAAACAGUUUCGCUGUUUGGUGCAAGCAUGCUGCGUCAUAAAGCGAGUGUGGAGGUAAAGCAAGUGAUUGGAAUUUUGUCAAAGUUACUGACGGCCACCGGACUCCAACAUGUCCCUGCACCGGAGACUUUUAGACGGGCUAAGUUUGGCGAAGUCAAUGUGGAGGAUCAAUUCUGGCAGCUGCUAGCCAACAUCCUGCAGACAAGAACUCUGUCCGCUGCAGGCUGCACACAGAUAAAAAAUGUCACUCCUGAGUGCAAGAUGCUGGUGAGCACAGGCCUGUGGCAGAGUGGUUACUAUGCUGGCUGGAUGUAUCGAAGCCAGACGGGAGGAGUCACCAGCAGGGAACUCCUUCUAGCAUUUGGCUGGUUGCUUGCUGAUGGAACGCUGGAGAAACUUUUGACCCGACGAGUACAACAACUGGACAAAACACUUGUCCCACCCAUACUUAUGAAACUUGAGAUUCCUCAGCAGUCCCUGGUCGAGUGCAGCUCAAUGAGAAGACUUCAGUGGCUCAUGGGUUGUCUGAGACACCAGGGACGGAUGCUGCUGGCCAUGCAGGACGAGCGAGCUUCUUUGCUACAUGCUAUUUUUUCUGCUAGCCAACCUUCUCGAUCAUCUUCCGCUGGUCAAAGCUGUACUGUGCUGAAUGAGACAUGCAUUGGUGCGCAGGAAGUUUGUGACCUCCUUGAGUUGUACCUAAACUGGAAGCAGGUGGAGAAUGUUUUCUGGACCUGGAUGGACAGUGUGGUUGAUUACCGUGAGAAGGAUGCUGUCACCGAGAGGCCGUCACAUCUGAGGGGAGCGAUCGCUAGCCUCCCUGGACAACCGGCUACAGAAAAACUGGACGACAUACUGCUGAGACUGAAAACAGUGCAGAAGAGACAGAAGACUACAAGAGGGGACGUUCAGGACGGCCGAGGGAGACUUCGGGCUGGCAUGGAUAUUUGCCAUGACACGGCUUUUCUCGAAUCUUUGCCUCCCCUGUUGUCCAUCUCUCAGACAUACCGAGCCAGAUUCCAGUCCGCGAAGACGGGCAACAGCUGCUCGGUCAGUUUCCAUGGUACAGUCGAGGAGGCAGACGUGCUGUCAGCGUCUCAGGUCUUGGGACUGCUUACUCAAACUGAGAGACAGCUGCUGGAGGGGAGGGACACACAGAGACUGGCCAACAGGAUGAAGCUACAGGAGAUGAUUGGCAGAUUGGACAAACUGGUGUUGAUACCACCGUAAACAUUGUUUGUGUUCAACACGUGAAAAAUUACAUCUGCUGUGCCCGCCGUAAGAUAUUAUGGAUGUUUGUAGGUGCUAAAGGGUCAUCAGAAAAUGGACACGUUUCUCAUGCAGGCCUGUGAAAUGAUAUGAAAUGACUGAACAUAAUUUAUGAUGCCGUAUUUGAAGGGGAACUAAACCCAAGAUGUUUUGUAAAUUAUAACAUUUUCUUUAGCAGCUACUGUUUACUUAAGUCUAUAUUUUUGUUUCUUGAGAUGUUGUUGCCAAUUCACUUUUCCUGACAGAUUCUAUUUAUGUGCCUUCUUGAUUAAACGAAUGUGGUGGUAAUCAGGUUUGGGUGUGGUCUGUGGGAUUUAACUCGGCUUUCCCAAAACGGUCAUUCGUCGCAGUUUGUGAUUUAACGAGAGGGGGCAAUUCCUUUUUCACAUGGAGCCAGUUUCCAUUUUUGGGUUCCUUUGCAAGUAAAAGAAUUUUCCCGGGUUGUAAUCUCAUCUGGAUUACUUUUUGUGUUUCACAUCAAAGAGAACAAACGUACAAUGCUGAUGUCCGCUUCAUGUUUUUCCGGUCUUUAUUAAAUCCAUUGUAUUCAAUCUCUCAGCCGAGCCAAUACCCGCUUAUUGUCAGGAAUUAUGAUCUCUGUCAACAUGGCACCGUAUUUGUAUUUAAUUAUUCAGUUUUUAUUCCAUCAAUGCUAACAGAUGACUGUUAAAAUCAUGCUGGUAGAUCCUUAUCCGAAAAAUUACUUUUUCACAGAGGAUCAGAAAGGUUUGGAUUUUCUUUUUGCCUGAAUAAAGUGAAUUGUCAUUUGAAAAUUGCAUUUGAAAAGUGUCAGGGCUGAUCUGUGACAAAAGACCACCAGAGCAAAUAAUUCUCUCUCUCCCACUCCUCUGCAUCCUUUGUUCUAGUUGCAUCGUUUGGGCAACUCUUCAAUCGAGCUCAGUCAAAAGGGAAAUAAGACUGACACGCAGAAUUUCUUGGUCUUGACUUUGGUAAUGUAAGUACAGGAACUGUGUUGAACAUCAGCAAAUGCUCCCAAUUAAAUAUCCACUCGUCUGUUUUCUGCCAUUCGGGGUGACCAG